AUGCUUGCCACUGAUAGGAUUGGUUUGGUGUUUGGUUUCAAGGAUGAGUUAGAAAGCAUGAGAGAAUCUAUAGUCAUGAUCCAAGCGCUCUUGGCUGAUGCUGAUAAUAAACAAAGCCAUAACAAGGCAGUGCAACUUUGGCUCAGGAGGCUUGAGGGAGUGGCUUUUGAUGCUGAUCAUAUGUUGGACGAGCUCCACUAUGAAACUCUUCGUCACAAGGUGGUGAAGUACAGAAACCAACAAGUUAAGGGGAGUAAGGUCUGCUUCUUCUUCUCCUUCUCUUACACUAGAAUAGUUUUUCAAUGGAGAAUGGCUUCCAUGGUCAGGGACAUCAACAUGAAAUUCAAAAAGAUCAACAAAGGAGCACAAGAUUUUGGGCUAAACACCAGGCACCAAAUUGAUGCAGCCCUCCCACCAACUGCAUCUAGAAUUACAACAAAUCGACAGACUUAA